AUUUUUCGCCGGAAAAAGUCUGUUUGAUCGGAAUAACCUCUACUUAGAUAUAAACAUCUUUCGUUGCAGAUUCAUCGUUUUGUAAAUGUGCUUAUAUAUUGUUUGUUUAUCAAGUUUCGUUGCGGAUUCAUUGAAGUAACCUCUUCGCACUUCUCAUACAAUCGAUUAAGGAAUUUUAGGAUCACAAGCUUUCUUAUCUGAGGAGCUCAUUUGUCUGCGAAUCUCCAUCGAAGAGACGAAGUCGAGUAUCUUUUUUACUCACCCCCGGAGCGCUGAUAAAUUUACUUUUUAUAGCAGAAAUUAGGAUAUGGAAGGUCCCGAUCGAGUCGACGAUCGAACAUUUAGGGUUAAUUUCAGCGGCGAGGGAGCGGCCGGGUUGCGUGAGAGAAUCAAGGAUAAGUUGAAAGAGUUUAUGGGAGAUUACACCGACGACAUUCUUGUGGAAUAUGUCAUCGUCUUACUGAGGAAUGGCAAGCGCAAGGAUGAGGCACAGAAUGAGCUGAAUGUAUUUUUGGGGGAUGACACCGAUUCUUUUGUUUCAUGGCUUUGGGACCAUCUCUCUUCAAAUUUGCAUUUGUAUGCUCAACCUUCAUUAUGUAAUCAAGAUGAAAUUGUCAAAGCAAAACCAAUAUUUGGGGAAGAUGUGGCGAGAAAUGAUUCUCAGCAGUUGGAUUCUGAAUAUGGAAGAGAAAAAUAUACUAUGGAGUCUAGAAGCCGGCGGAAUAGGGAAUGGAAAGGACUGGUGAGGGAUGUGGAUGAACCUCCUCCUCUUCGAAGCUCUGAGAUUGAAAGUUUCCAUCUAGAGGAGAAAAUUCAUCAAAAGUCUGGUCGUGUGAAAAGAUCUCGUUCUCCCAGGCCUUCGGUCCGGGAAAAAAGGAGUCGGCAAGAAGAACGACAUCAAACAAAGAGAGAUGUAAUUUCCCAUUCAUCUAUUGAUGCUCCUCGUCGGCUGCUUCAAUUUGCCGUAAGAGAAGCAGUGGGUACUUUACGGCCAUCAAAUUCAAGAACAGAAGCAUCUUCGAAGCGUCUUCGGUCUGUGGUUUCUACAUCAACAGUAGAUUCAUUAACUGAUGAGCAACCUCAGAGGAUAAAAUCCGUUGCUAGAGUGCCAAAUGCUAUGACAACUGCAAUCAAAGCUGCAGCAGAAGCUGCCGAAGAUGUAGUUAAGGUUAGAUGUUCGGGGACUGUAUUUGACCGCUUGGGUCAUAGUAUGGAUGUAUCACGGGUGACCGGCCAAUCUCCAGAAUUGAGGCCAUCAAACAUGAUGGAAACAGAUUUUGAUCCGACUCCAGGCUUGACCCACUCAGAUUAUGUACAAAGAGAUGAAUACAGUGAACUCAAUAGAAAUAUGGCAACACUGGACAGGGAAAAAGACUUGGCUUCUGAUUCUGCAUCGGAUAAUGAUGGAUAUGAAGAUAUCAAUGUUAUGGGUCGUGGGGUCACAGAUGCUUCUCAGACUGGCACCUCUGGUGGAAACAAGGAGGGAGAAUCACUAACGGUACAGUACAGUGUAGCCAAGAACAAGGAUGAGGUUGCAAGAAAAAAAUGCUUGCAAGAUCAGGAUUCUCCUAACACGGUCACAAACGCAUCUCGCAAGAUUGUGAAUAUCUCUGUGAAUGUAAACACAUGGAAACCACCACAUUACCAGGCACCAAGGGAGGUUGCAGAAGUCAAGAAUCGUAAAGCUGUUCAGGAGGGUGAAGUGGUUGCAGGCAGACCUGGUGUGCAGCUCUCGAAGGAGAAUAACAGCACUGUGGCUGGUAAUGAACAUGAAUCAUCCGCUGCACAUACUCAGCGGGAGUUUCAAAAGAUUUUGUUUGCUACCCCUGGUUCAUAUUCUUCAGGUCGUCCUUUGGAGGAUGUUGAAUCUCGAACCAUCUUUGUUAGCAAUGUUCAUUUUGCAGCCACCAAGGACACCCUUUCCCGGCAUUUCAAUAAAUUUGGGGAAGUUCUAAAAGUUGUUAUUGUGACUGAUGCCACAACUGGACAACCAACAGGGUCUGCCUAUGUGGAGUUCAUGCGCAAAGAAUCAGCUGAGAAUUCCUUAUCUCUGAAUGGAACCUCUUUUCUGUCACGCAUUCUGAAGGUUGUCAAGAGAAACUCCACCCAUCAAGAAACUGCUCCCCUGAUGACUUGGCCUCGCAUGGCCCGGGCAUCUCCAUAUGCUGCUAGGCUUGCAAGAGUUCCUUUCCCAAGGGGCAUCCCCCGUUCAUUCAGGACCCGUCCACUGAUCAAAUCUGGUGCCCGGAGCUUGCAGUGGAAGAGAAAUGCCCAAUCCACAACAGCUGGGGAGGGCAGUGCCAGUGUGCAGAAUGGUGCCGCACCCCCCAACAACAAUUUUCCAUCUGCUACCCGGAGUCUUACCUACAUUCGGACAGGUCCCAAGCCAGAAGGGAAUUCUGCUCCUGCUCCUGCUUAAUUUAUUUCCAUAGAAACUGGUCAAAACAAGAAGACAAUUAUCUGGAGCCUCAUUUUAUCAAAACCAGUUGCCUGGAAGAUUUAUACCAGGUAUGAUUUGUGUGAUUGCCGACAUCGAUAGGUAUUAUCCGAUUUGGUGGUCACUGAAGGAGGAUGUGUCAAAGGUGGUAAUGGUUCUUUUCUUCUUUGCUUUCUUAGUUUUUCGGGUACGAGGGUGUGGUGGACAGAUAAGUAAAGGGAGGGGUGGAGGGCUGGAUAGUUUCCUUGUUCAUUCUUUUGCUACGGGAGUGUUUUCUUGUGCAGAGAAAUGUUGAAAGCUGUGUCGAGAGAAAUAUGUGAAUAUGGAGAUAAGUGGUAUCCUGGGCGUUGAAGA